ACAUGAUGAGAAAACAGCUCAUGCGGUUAUGAGGCGUACGGGCGGGGUCAAUUGUUUCUCACGCCUUUUGAUUCGAACUUCGACGACGGGCAGCAGGCUGCAGACGACGUCGACGAGCUGGCUGAGUUCACUGCCACCCCGGCGUCGACGACGACCGUGCGCACCAGAUAACACGCAAUAUGCCCAUCCCCACCCUCGAUACACCCAUUCGCAAUGUCCGCGCCCCGUCUGUACUUGCGACUAUCGGUGUGCGGACACCCAACGCGGAUGGCGUGUCCCCGUCAACGCCAGACUUCUUCAACUUGACCUUCUCGUCGCCAGCGCCGUCCCCAAGUCGUAGGCAAACUCCUCAGCAAGAAGAGAAGGAACAGGAGAAGGAGAAGGAGGAACAGCCCGAACCUCGGCAUUGGCCUGCCCCGCGUUCCCCGCUUCCUCCUCAUCGUCUCGCUAAGCUCGCCAAUGCUCUCGGCGUGUCUACCCCGCUCCCGGCAUUUGAGCUCUCUGGUUUCCCGUCGCCUUCACUCGCGCCGCCGUCCCCGAUCAUUCCGCCAUCCCCCAGCGUCGCGCGUCCAUCGACACCGACUCCAAAUCCGCCGGUUGUCUCGCGGUUCUUCGUCCACGUUCUACCGCCGCGCUACCUGCCCCACCACUCCGACCCUCGUGCGCAGCCAGCCGACUACCUCGCGCCUCCACCAACGAACGCGUCCGGGUAUCACGUCAAGUUCCGUCGCGGAGUCCUCGUAGGCGUGCAGCCGACGCUACCAUCCCAGCUUGCUGCCAUUGCGCGCGAGUACGGGCUCCCGAGUACGCGCGGCAUUGUGCUCUACCUCGUCAACGCGGACGGGAAUUCGACCGAGGAAGGGGACGGCUGCGGUCCCAGACUGACGGACGAUGUAUGGCGCACGCUCUGGGCGCGCGUCGUUCGGCUUGAGGAGGAUCGUUUUCCUGAGGACAGCGACCGAACUCAGCAGUCGUUCCCUCGCUCACCCCUUGCACGGGCCGGCACCCCGCUCUCUUUUCGACACUCCCCUUAUCCUUCGCAGCACCGACCUCUGCUUGCUAGCCCUUUCCUCACGUCGAACUUUCCCUCGUCGCCAUCGUUCCCACCUCGCGAUGGUGCACGCAGUGCUCCUCCGUACCAGCACUCGCCCUCACAGUCCUCAAGCUUCCCGGCUUCCGGGUCUUCUUCGCAACCCUCUCGCGAAGGCACGGCUUCCUCGACUUCAACCGAGAGUGAUCUUGACACACCUGCAACAUCAGCUGACCUCCAUGACAUGAGCUCAGCCGAAACGGUGGGCAAGCAGAACGUCGUUGAUCUCACUGAGGAUGCUCAACUUCCUCGCGCUCUCUUGGCCCCUCUCAAGCUUCACGCCCGGGGUGGCGCGACACCGACGCAGCUAUCAUUCCUUCCCAUCAUCGCCCAUGUUGAGUUUCAUAUCGAUCCUCAACAAGCGACAUGGUACAAGCCAUGGGUCAGAAGCAGGAGACGAAACGCUUCAUGGAAGGGCCAGGAGGAUGAUGGCUCGCGCAAGAACAGCUUGCCGGUGGUCCUCAGCCCCAAUGAAGCAUCUGAUGACAAGGAGCGGAAAGGUAGCCUCCCUACCGUUUUGGACGGCUCCGAGGAUGGCAAGAGUCGCCGGAAGCGCGCACCGCGCAAUCUUCGUCUGCGCCCGCGGCAAUCGUCCCGGUUGAAGCGACGAUCCCUCCUCUCAGUCAACUCAGCAAAAUCCGACUCGGCAGAUGGCCGCGUCGAGUCUCCCGACCAGGAUGACGACGCGUGGGAAGAUGACCCCGAGUUUGACCCCGACAUGGAAUUCGAUGACUUCUACGAACAGCUAUGGGCACCGCGUCAAGCUUCAUCAGCGUCGUCUGGGGAUCGCAAAUCUGUUCAAUUGUCGUAUCUUAACGAAGACGAAGAGGGUCGUCGCCGUGUCGGUGUUGUAUUCGAUGAGCUUGACCUUGGCCUCGAUGCAAGUGGUGACUAUGAGGAGGCCGACGAUGAUGACCCCUAUGAUCGCCGCAAGAGCCAAAUUAUGAUGAAGGCGAAGCUGGAUGAGAUUGAACGGACUCUUCAGCAACUCUCGCCUAACAAGUUCAAGCAUCAUGAAGAAUUACCCUAUGAUCCCGAAUUCUCCAAUGUGUCAUCGUUGUCACCCAAUAUGAUCCCUGGCGCGCCGAAGUAUAAUCGGGACGUCUUCCCGCCAACGCCCAAACUGGGACCAAGUAUGGAUCCUCCAUUGUCGCCGCGGUCAACGGACUCUGCUUGGCCUGCGGUCCCCUUCUCUGCGUUGGCUUCACCGAAUGGGUCUCCCAGGGCAGAGGACGCGCACUUGUCACCUGACGCCUCGCAGAGUGGACUGCCAAGGCUGGCGGUCAACGGUGUUACUGCGUCCGCACCCCCAGGAUUUGGGGAAAACAAGGCGAACGGAGCCGAGAUCUCUGCAGAAACGGCAAAGCGGAGGAAGUUGCUUGAGGAGCAGGAAUCUCUGUACCCCUCCAAGCGUCCAGAUUCAUCGGCGAGCAACGGGAUCCCUAGGCCAAAUUCCCACCGCAGCCAGUCGUCCUCGUCCUCUACGAACUCUGCGUACUAUCCUCCGCCGAGGAAGAGCGAUGACUCGCCCAUCAUCCCCUUGUCCCCUGAUCCAUUCGGUCGCUCUGACUUCUCUGGACCCGGCUCUGCGUAUUGGGAGAAUCCCGAGAGACAGCUCGGCAGCGGCAACACACCAAUGGUCAGCAUCGACGAGCGUAUGGCUGGCGGCAAUGGCGGUGACCCCGAGGUCAACUCGAGCCGCUUCUCUGCGGACUCCCUUAACGGCGACGAGAAACCGGCGAAGGCAGCACCUGCGAAGGAGAGCUCACAGCGGACAACCAUGAUGAGCGUGCGCGGUAUCAGCAAGCUAUGGCGGAAGAGCAACAAGGCGAGUGUGUCGCAGCCCGCACCGCCGAUGCCACAGCAGCCUGUGGGUCGGGCGUCCAGUGCGAGUGCCUCGAACCCUAACGCUGGACGGGCCUCACCUGCGGCCAGUUUGGGGCGCUCUCCGAGUGCAGGGGCGACGUCGACCCUCAGCCAAGCGUCCUCGAGGGCAGCGACACCCGCUAGGCCAGAGCGGCCUUCGCAAGAACUUGUUGACCUUCCAGACGUACCGCCAGACCAGCUCGGGCGAUAUUCGACUUCGGGCCGUCCAUCUGCGGAGCGUCCGUCGACGGAAAGUCUUGCGCCCCCCAUGACCAAGAUGAUGAUGCCCAAUGGCCAACGCUCCGUUGAUCUGCGCUUCGACCAGGAAUCGCCGUAUCCGACGGUGAUCCCUCGUUCGCGUGCGGCGUCGAACGCGCCCCCUCCUGAAGACCCAAAUGGUAUGCGCAAAUCAAUACUCAAGUCCAAGGGUGGUAACGGUAGCAUUAGUGAGGACCGCCGACAGCGCAGGCCCAGCCUCUCCUCCAUCCGCCAAUCUCUCAUGAACUCGCCCCCGCCCGAGAGCAUACCCCCGAGUCCUAAGCUUCCGGAGCAGUUUGCGGCGCACGCGCGGACGGCCAGCAACGCACAUGUGCGCUCCGGCAGCAGGACGCACACUCGCGUAGAGAGCGGCGCGCACACCCGGACGCUCAGCGGCGCGACCUCACGCUCUGGGAUGAGCACCGCGACGUCUCGUUCGCGCAUGACGACACCGACAAUCGACGAGGGGGGCGAGGCGCAUGGAUCUCCGGCGUAGGGAGCGGCACGCGGACGACGGACGGACCUGUGGCGCAUAACUUAUGAGUCGCUCCAUCUUCUAUCUAUCGCUUGCAUCCCCCCCACGCCGGGCGUCGUCGUAACUCGUUCGUAGCUAUCCUUUAUAUCCCCGUCUCUUGCAUAUUGCAUACUGCAU